AUGUCUUAUUUGCCUACUACACACUAUCGUUUAUUCAACGCUCCAUUCGAUCGAUUCUAUGGUGAUCAACUCAAUCUUUUUGAUCCAUGGCGUGAUUUUGAGGCAUUUCCAACAAAUUUACCAGCCCUUCCGAAUACAUUUCGAUGGAUUCAUGAACCACAUCGAAUGGUUCGCCGAGCAUCAGCAUCGAAAGCAUCCUCAUCUUAUACAACACAAAAUAAUCUUCCUGGUGGCAAUACUCGUUUUCCUCUGCCAACAAUUACAAUAACAGCUCCUGUAGCUAUACCAGUUCAAUCAGAGAAAUUUCGUGUUCAACUGAAUGUGGCUGGUUUCAAUCCCGAGUCGAUAAAAACACGAAUUGAAGACCGAAAAGUUAUUGUUGAAGGUAAACAGGAAGAGCGAGAUCUCAGUGGUGAUUUUAAUAUUCGAGAAAUUCGAAAAACAUAUGAUCUUCCUGAACAUGCUGAUACAACGAAUUUUGCUUCGUUUGUUACUCCAAAUAAUAUGCUUGUUAUUGAAGUUCCUGUUAAUGCUCCACACAUAGAACGUCGUCCAUCUCAAACACUGGUCGAUAAUCAAUCACUUUCUUCAUUUGGUCAAUAUCGUGAUCCAAUAUUUGACUAUCCAGGUUUCAUUGCUUCAGCUGAAUUUCGUCCACGUAUUGUCGAUACAGAUAAUGGAGAAAAGCUAGUUAAAUUGUCUUUGGCAGUUAAAAAUUAUCGUCCUGAACAAGUCAAUGUUGCAGUUAAAAAUAAUGAAUUAGUUGUACAAGCGGAAAAUAUUUAUAAUGAUAAUAAUCGUGCAGAACGAUCAUUUUUAACGAAAUUUAUUCUAUUACCACCUGGUACGCAAACAAAUCAAUUAAAAUCAACUUUGACACCUGAAGGACAAUUAGAAAUUCAAGCACCAUUUAUUGAACCUACACAAGAUCGUUCAAUUGAAGCUCAACAGGCGUAA